AAAGUCAAAAAUAUUUUCAUUUCAUGAAGUUUUUCAUUUUCUGCUACUUUCUACUUUACAUUUAGGUAUUAUUCCUAAAAUUAAUUUAAAUAGAUAGUAUUAUAUGUUAUUAGUGUAUGUUUAUCAGAAGCUUUGUGUAAUUUAUCGGUCGUAAUGGUUACGAAAAAUGAAGACAUACCCGGUCAGCCGAAAAGGUUGCGUUUUAAAUCAAUUUCCAUUCAGUCUCCAUCUGACCAUAUGAGUGAAGAAAAUUCAUAUCGUGCAUUGGAAACCAAGUCUUCUAAGGACAUAAAACGUAAAGAUGGGGAGAAAACACCCUCCUUAUUUGCAUUUUUACACAUCGAACUAACAAGAGGCUAUUUAUUGGAGCACGAUGAAGAGAGAUUUUCUGCUCGAAGAGAAAAGGUUUAUUCCUUCAUCAAAAUACCCCAGGAGUUAGAAAAAUUCAUGGCUUAUGGCUUCUUCCAAUGUGCAGAUUCAUUACUGUUUGUUUAUACUUUCUUGCCACUGAGGUUUAUUAUGGCAUUCUGGUCAUUCUCCAACAGGAUAGUCAGGAAAUGUAUUGGAAUGAAUUCAAGAUCCAAUAACAAUGUGUUGAAGCCAGCAGAGACCUGUGAUGCUUUGAAGGGGUUCAUAUUACUUGUGUGCAGUAUUUUAAUGUGCUAUAUUGACACCAAUAUGAUGUAUCACUUGGUGAAAAGUCAGAGUGUUAUGAAAUUGUAUAUUUUUUACAAUAUGCUAGAAGUUGGAGAUCGGUUGUUUUCAGCAUUUGGUCAAGACACUAUAGAUGCCCUGUUCUGGACAGCAACAGAGCCAAGAGACAGGAGAAGAGAGCAUUUGGGUGUCAUUCCACAUUUAUUAUUUGCCAUGAUUUAUGUGUUCCUCCACAGCUUGCUAGUAUUGUUCCAAGCAACUACAUUAAAUGUGGCUUUAAAUUCCAACAACAAAGGCCUGCUUAUUAUUAUGAUGUCAAAUAAUUUUGUAGAGUUAAAAGGCAGUGUGUUCAAGAAGUUUGACAAGAACAACCUGUUCCAAGUAUCCUGUAGUGAUGUGCGAGAGAGACUGCAUCUCUCUGUCCUGCUCUUCAUUGUGGUCCUGCAGACCAUGAAGGAGUAUAUGUGGAGAGAGGAGAGGUUCUGGAUUCUUGCGCCGGACUGUAUCCUUGUGCUGGUGUUUGAGGUCAUCAUUGACUGGGUGAAACAUGCUUUUAUUACCAGGUUCAACGAGAUACCCUACGGAGUCUACAGAGAGUACACAGUUAGUUUAGCAUACGACGUGGCACAGACGAGACAGAAGCACGCAUUUAGUGACCACUCGGACUUGGUGGCUCGGAGGAUGGGCUUCAUUCCUCUACCCCUGGGCGUGGUAAUCACUAGGGUACUAGUUCAUGCCGUUAAAAUUGAUGGGUUUGCAGCAGUCUUCCUUGUAACUAUAGCGUAUUUAUGUCUAAUAGCUGUAAGGAUACUUGUGUCCAUAGUGAUAUUGGGCAAGGCUUGUGAUCUCAUUUCUCAGCAUCAGACGGAUAAGAGCGACAGUCAUCAUUGCACACCGAAAAAAGAGCAAAAGGAGUUACCAAACAAAGAUACACCACUGAGUCACAAAACAUCUGAAACAGAAAAUGUAAAGAAGCCAGAGCAAUUAAAGUUCCAAAUUCCAGAGGACAUCAUAAUGGGUGAUCCGUUAGUCGACGCGUCAGUGGGCGCGGCCGCCAUAUUCUCAAACAGUGCUAUAGAUCUCAACGGCGUGUGCUAUAUGAAUGACAAAAUGAACGCGCAAGUCAAACAAGAGCCUUCAGACUACUUGGAAACUGAAUUGGUGGACGUAAGCCGGAGUGCGCCGGACAUCAAGGCGGCUGCUUCAGCCGAGGCAGAGCCAGUGGUGGAAGAGCGGCCGACCUCCCCAGACCUCGAGGGACGCAUCAAGCGGCGCUCCGAGUCAGAACCCAACCUAGUCACGGCGGAGGACCACUACGAAGAGACUACCUAACACGUAUGUUGAUUACUAAUCGUAUUAGAGGGAGGCCACGGUAUCUCUGCACAGGUGUGAUACGGUCACAGUGCGUUUUGUUUUCGUUACUGAGUACGUACAUU